AGAGCGCCUUCUUUUCCCCGGAGGUGAAAGGUGAAAACAAACAUGGCGGCCCCCGGUAAGGCGUCCGUGGUGUUGAAGACCGUCAGGAAAAUCGCCGUCCACUUUUGUCCCUUCGAGGCCAACGUCCGCUCGACGCGGGAAUUCCUGCUCUUGGUGGGCUCGGAGAAGGCCAGAUCCACCAACUUAAAGUGCGAGGUGACAUCCAUGGUGAAACACGACAAGUCGGAACCUCUCGUGGAGGUCACGUAUGUGGACGGCGAGAGGCUGCUGAUGAAGGGCGCCCAUCUGACCAGCAAGGAGAUGCUCGGCGCCUUCCAGGCCCGAUGCGUGGCCAAGGACCCCCAGGCCAAGGCUGCAGCCAAAUAACACACACGCACACAAAAAAAAAAAAAUAUAUAUAUAUAUAUAUAUAUAUAUAUAUAUGGAUAUACUGUUUGUACAUAAUAGGAUAAUUUAUAAUAAAAUGUGUACUGUGUGGGCUCAAACUGAUA